AUGGAUUCACUGAUAUAUUCUAGACCACAGCCCUUCAACAAGUAUCCUCCCGGUUACAAACCAGUCAACGACGAUUUUUCUCGACGGUUGCGCCCUUCGAGCAGUUGGUCUUCUUUUUCACAGAUAGACGGCAGAGCGCCCUUGUUGGAAACCGCAGUAUGUGCUUCACCAAUCAGUCCGUCUCCGUUCUGGCCUGACCAGCCACGGAAAACUUUUCGUGCCGAGAGUGUCGACAAUUUCGGCAGAUCCGGAACUUUUUCCCCUCGAGAGUUUUCGCCUUUCUCCAAUUCUAGUGAUUAUUAUAACAACGAUAUGAUAAGAUCUGUCAGAAGUCCACCUGCGGACCACUACUACGAACCUCAUCAGGACAACUUUUCUUUCGAGAAAAACCGAAACGAUCAAGAAAUGCAAUUUGCGAACUAUUUUCCUAAUGUUUCAUCGUUCAACAACGCUAAUUCUCUGCCAACUCGUCCUCGAAGAACUCAAUCAGAUGCUUCUAGAGACUUUUUCCCUUCUUCAAACAACAGGCAACCACUGAAUUCUGAUCAAAUUUCUAGUAGCGGAUACCAACAGACGAAUUCGCGUCCAAUGGACGGAUUUUUUCGAAAUAGCCUUAUUGAGCCGAACUGGAUGACAGAUCCACCACCACCCAAGUCAUUCUGCCAAGACCUUGUUUAUGGCCGUUCCAGUGUACCUCCUCAACAAAAGCUCUCAUCGUUUGAACCAAGCUCUGACCAAAACUAUCAUGCUCAACCAAACAUUACACCGGCACCGAUCCCGCUCUCGCACAACCGCGUUUUACAUCUGCACCCACAAAGUAAUUCUUUUGGACGCGAAACUGAUCGAUUCCCAGAAGCCAACUUUUCUCCGAACAGGAACACAUUCUUUCAAAACUACGAGCCAGUAAGGCAAACUCCGACAGAAAUUAGAUACCAAAAUCCUCAGAGACCAUACUCUCAUGAUCGUGAUUCUUUUCCUAUCGGAAAUCCUCCUAUCAACAAAAGGAACUCGUUCUACCAAGGUGAUGAUUUUGAUCAGAGACGAAACGAAUAUGGAUUCGAUGAAAGAGUCGCUCAUGGUCCUCGAGAAAUUUCUCGAAUUGCGUCACCACAAACGGUGCCUUCGAGGCAAAUGAAAAAUUCGUAUUAUCAAGAAAACGACUACGAUCCUCGACUACUCAACACUCGACUCCAAUCUUCUCAAGAAAUUCGCAAAUCCCCUUCAGGUCACAUGUCUUUAGACAGAAACUUCUCAUACCAUCAAAAUCGCGAAAAGCCUAUCCCUCAGGCAUUUCCGAACCACCAUGGCCAUUCUUUUACGAAGGGCCCUGGGAUUUUAUCCGAGGGCUCUGGAGACCUUUAUCCCCAUCAGGGCUUUUUGAAUCAACCGCAGUCUCGGAUAGAAAGAAAUCAUCAAACUGAGCCACUCAAUCAAAAUUUUCAUGGAAAAUCGUUCCCGGAAAUCCAAACGCGCAGUUAUCCGCCUCCAAACGAGGAGGAUCGAAUUUUCAGUCCGGUGGAAUCUAAAAUUUAUAACAGAAAUCAUCCAACUGUUAUAAAUGGAUUCACAAGCGACGUCCAGAGAGAUGAUCAAUUCAACAACAAACGCGAAUUGAUGACGAGAUCGAAGCGGAAUUCGAUGCCGCCGAUCGCCGUGAUUGAGCCUCAGGCAAUUGCUCAAUCGCCGUCUUAUCGUUUUUCACAAACGCUCGGUCAGAACAAAGUUUCCUUGCCGUCCUAUCGUUCGCCUUCGGUUUCCGUCAAUAGUUGGUCUCCCGCAGCCAACCUCUCUCCAGUUUCAACUUAUGACAACGAGAGCGACAUCGACGCCGAUUUGCCUAUCAGCCGGUUCAACAUGGCUCAAAUGCAAAAACGCAACGACAUACUAACAAAAAGAAACGGUUUUGGUGACAGUCUGCAAGGAAUUUUGAUCAAACGGCCCGUCCUUCACAAGUCUUCGAAAAAAGUUGUGUUCUGCGACCAACGGAGAGGUUAUUUAUUCAUCAAGUUCAGUAGAGACAAUCAAAAUUAUUUAAUUUAACUUUUGAAUACUCAAAUGCGCUUCUUUCAGGUUCUGGCGCUCAGCAGCCAGCAGACGUUCCGGCUCAUGUCAGAGCUUAUGACGACGCAAUGGAAAGUGUGAUAAAUCGUUGGGCUCAACUUUCGGAUAAAAUUGGUGGAGACGCCGCUGUCAUGGUAAGAAAUUGGAAAUUAUUUGCAAUCCAAGUGGUUUUUUUAGAAAACGAAAGCGAUCAACGUUUUCGACGCGUUGCGCAGUUUUCUGUGGACUGCUGCUGGCCAACCUGAGCCAGGAGAUGUUCAGAAACUUGUCGCUCCUAUCGUCGAGCAACUCAACGGAAUCACCGAGUUCAAAGUAGGCCUUAUCAAUAUUAAAAUUUUAAAUGGGAGUUUUAAGGAUUCGAAGCGAAACACCCCAUUGUUCAAUCAUUUGAGCGCUGUCGCAGAAGGAAUUCCAGCUGUUGGAUGGAUUUUGAUUGUAUGUUCUAUAAGAGAUUUUCUCGAAACCGAGUAAAUUCUUACAGAAAAAGACUCCAGCGCCAUACGUGAAAGAAAUGCUGGACGCUUCGAUGUUUUAUAUAAAUCGUAUUCUCAAGGAGUAUAAGGUACAUAUACUUCAAAGAUAAAAAAAUAUUCAAGACAAACUAAUUGUAUUUUCAGGACACAAACACGGCUCACACUGAAUGGGUUCGUUCGUGGAAAGAACUCUUGGAAGAAAUGCAAAAGUUCGUCCGCCAAACUCACACUACGGGUCUUGUGUGGAACAGUGCGCCGGUAAAAGUCAAAUUCAUAUUGCAAAAAAGAAAGAUAAGUUUGUAGGGAUCUGUGCCGACGCAGAAGCCAGCUGCGCCAAAAAGUGGUGGAGCUCCGCCGCCACCGCCGCCACCCCCACCAGCAGGUAUUUAUUUUGUUUACUUUGUUAAUUUCUCGUUUAUUACCAUAGCCAUAUUUUGAUGAUGGCUGUCGAAAUUCGCAUCAAAUUAAUAAAAUUUCAACUUCAUAAAAAAAUGCGAAUGUGAGAAUGAAAUGAACACAAACGAUUUUCAGAGUAUCUGGUCAGGAAAGUUAUCAACAAUUAUAAAUUGUUUGUGAUGGUUGAAGAUUUUUCAUACGGAAAAUGUCAUAAAACAGACCGUGGGAGCGCAAUCAAACUGAAUAUCGUCUCGAGAUCGAAAUUUAUAAGCGUAAUCGUACUUUGUAAAAAAUAAUGAGUGAAACCAAAAAGCCAUCUGGAAACAAUUUUUCAUUUUUUUCAAAAAAAUCUCAUACAGUCAGAAAUUAUUUUUUUAAGUUUUUGUAUCAGACAAAAAAACUUACCAAAUUUCAUCGCAGCCGGUUUUUUUCAACGAAUUUCACUAAAAAAACUAAUAUUUUUUUAUUUGAAAAAAAAUACAAAGAGAGAGAUUAUGCAGAAAAAGAUUUUUUUGUAUGAAAAAAUUUUUGUAUGAAAAUUUUUUUCUAAUAUUGACUUUUUUUACCUAAUUUUCAAAAAAAGUAAUAUAAUCUCAUAAUUCCAACAACAAAAAAAACCAAUUAGGUUACAUUUUUCUCAACGCGUACAAUUUUUGAAAGUAAAAAAACUAUUUUUAGAUCUGUUUGCCAAUGUUCCGCCACCCGCUGCUGGUGGAGAAAAGGCCAGCCGAGAUGCUCUUUUUGCCGAGCUGAACAAAGGUGAAGCCAUCACCUCAGGACUGCGGAAAGUGACGUCCGACAUGCAAACCCAUAAAAAUCCCUCCCUUCGUGGAUCUGUGCGUGCGAUUUUUUUCUGUCAACUUUUUUCAAACAUAAAUUUCUUAGGGUGCUCCAGCUCCAGGUACUGCUAAAACUGCUUCAGGACCAGCUAAAACUGCGGCGCCGGUUCAAAAACCGCCAAAAAUCGAGCUCCAAGAUUACAAACAAUGGAACAUUGUGAGACAAACUUUUUUCCGACAACUGAAUUAAUCAUUUUUGUCAAGGAAUAUCAUAUUGGGAACAAAAAUAUCAACAUUGAUAUCACAGACAAAAAGCAAACCGUGUACAUUUUCCGUUGUGAAGGCAGUGUCAUAAAGGUAUUCGAGGAGCUUUCGCAUAAAUCUUUCUCUUGAAUGAAUCAUUUUCAGAUAAACGGAAAAGCAAAUUCAAUUACUCUAGAUGGGUGCAAGAAGACUUCGGUUGUGUUUGAUGCCGUUGUUGGUCAGUGCGAGACGAUCAACUGCCAAAGCGUUCAGAUUCAGGUUUGUUGUUGAAUCAUUCUGUUAUAUCUGAGAUAUUCCAGACGCUGGGUGAAAUGCCAACGCUGUCGAUCCAGAAAACGGACGGCUGCCAGGUCUACCUUUCAAAGGCUUCGAAGGGAGCUGAGAUCGUGACCUCGAAAUCAAGCGAGAUGAACAUUCUCCUUCCAACUGAUGACGACGACUUCGUAUGAAAAAAAGCAAGUUUCAUUAUAAAUAAUUUUAUAAUUCAGGUUGAACAUCCGGUUCCUGAACAGUUCAAGUCAACUUUUGUCAAUGGCAAGCUGGUCACUAGCGUCUCUGAAAUUAUUUAAACGCCUUUUUAUUAAGCAUGUGCUCAAUUUUUGUAAAUUUUUUGAAUAAAUAAGCUUUCUCGGGGCUAUGUCAAAAUAAAUAUGGUAAAUUGAACUGAAGAGGGAAUUUCGAUAGAAGUAGAAGGUAUUUCGAAAACAGGUUUUGCGCCACCAGCCGUCGGGUCGAUCAAUGUCAUUCAAGGUUACAAGCCUCGGUGCCUCUUGUUUUUCGUUCCAACUCCACGCAUUCACGGUCAACUUCACUUUACUGUUUCAGAAAUAUGCCAAAGCAGGAGUUUGAAGUCCUCGAUUACCUGGGUCCUGUUGCCGUUGGCAUAAUUUUCACUAUCGCUCUCAUCUUGAUUUCUUUCUUUGCUAUCAACUUUUUCUGCAUCACCAAAUAUGACGAUCUCACCAAGUUCGAAUUGGUAAGUUUCAUUUUUUGAAUUAAUUUUUGUUUGCUUAUUUGAAUCAGCUCUACUCAAAAAGAUCUAACCGUUUUGAAGUACAAAAUUGAUAUGAGAAAUUGCUUCAAAAAGAUUUUGAGUUGCCCAGAAUUACUGCGAAGUUUGACAGUUCUUUAUAACUGAUAGUUAACACUCAACAACUUACGUGAGAUAUAAAAUUCAAAGAAAAAAGUAAGCUUUGUGCAUUUUGGUUGAACUCAUAUUCAGCUCGGUGGGCGAUUGAACAUGAGACUGGGACCCCAUCCCUUGACUGUCAUCCGCAAAGGGGGAUUCGUUGCCAGAGAAGACAUCGAAGAAGCAGAGAGAAUCCGUAGAGAAGCGGCCCUCCUUCAAUAA